AUGCCAGUGUCAAAGUACCUGCCUCAAGGCGAGGGGUACCUCAAGUGGUUCCUGCUCUAUGCCAUCAUCGCUGGCGGCAUGCAUUCCAUCAGCUGCUAUCUGAUACCGAUAAAGGCCUUGAUCACUUUCACCGGCCCCAAAGCACCGCCUAGGGCGCAGGCUUGGGCACACGUGUAUGGUGUCAAGAACUUUUACACGGUGAUGAUCAGACUGUAUGCCGCAUACGAGCUCCAGAACCAUAACCAAGCGACGUACUUCUUGACCAUGUGGACUUUUGUGGGUGUCCUAUGGCUCUUCGGUACUGAAGUCUUUGUGUAUCGCACAAUUGCGCUGAGGCAUGCUAUUGUGCCCUUCGUGUAUUGUCCUAUCGGUUUAGUGUGGAUGUGGCGAGAGAUGGACUAUUACCUGCCAGAUCGAGCGAUCAGGGCUGCAUGA